CCACAUAACCCAAUGCCCUGACCCCCAAACAGCUCCAUCUCUCUCUCUCUCUCUCUCUCUCUAAAAUUCUCAUAUGUCAUAUCAUGCAAGUAGCACCCGAAGCGCCCUUUAAGCCCCUUCGCCCCACGACAUUUGUUUCCCCCCCUUGGCCAGCUCAUUGAUUCAUUGAUUCACAGGUCACAACCCCAUCACCAACCCAACCCAACCCCUCUCUCAUCUUUUCUGUAUUACUUUUCUCCCCUCACUCUAUUUCUUCUCUCUCCCACUUUCAACGUUUUCUCCACCAGAUCUCUCGGAGUGACCCUUUGGAGAUGCGCGCUCUUCGACCCUCAUCUCUCUACCCCUUUAUAUAGUUUUCUGGGUCUUUCUCGCUUGUACCCAAAUACCCAUUUUUGUUAUUCUGUUUUUGAUUCUUUCUGGCUUAUUAUUGACUUUUUCUUCGAUUUCUCUUUGGAAUAUCUUGUGGGGUUUUCUGGGUUCGGUUGGGUUGUUGAUAAAAGAACGGGUUUUUAUUUUUUUUGGCUUGGCGAGAGAGAGCGAAAAUGGCUAAUGGGGUAGAGAGAGAGAGUGAGUUGGUGGUGAUAUUUAGCGAUGAGGAGCUGAGAGAGGUGAGUGGGGUGAAGAGAGGCUUGGACUACAUAGAGGUCACGUGUGGGUGUACCAGUCAUAGGUAUGGUGAUGCUGUUGGGAGGCUUAGGGUUUUCCAAAAUGGCGACCUUGAAAUCACUUGUGAAUGCACCCCUGGUUGUCAGGAAGACAAGUUGACUCCGGCUGCAUUUGAAAAACAUUCUGGAAGAGAGACGGCUAGGAAAUGGAAGAACAAUGUUUGGGUCAUAGCCAAUGGGGAGAAGGUUCCAUUAUUUAAGACGGUGCUGCUCAAAUACUACAACCAAGCAUCAAAAAAUGCUAAUGGGUCCCACAGAUCCCAUAAUGGGCGAGUUUGUCAUCGUGAUGAGUUUGUUCGCUGUACCGAGUGCAACAAGGAGCGCAGGUUCCGGCUGCGGACAAAAGAGGAGUGUCGGAUUCAUCAUGAUGCUUUGGCAGAUGUGAAUUGGAAAUGUUCUGAUCUGCCAUACGACAAAAUUGCAUGUGAUGAUGAUGAAGAGCGAGCAAGUCGCAGGGUGUACAGGGGCUGCACCCGGUCUCCAACGUGCAAGGGCUGCACUUCUUGUGUGUGUUUCGGAUGUGAAAUCUGUCGUUUCUCGGAAUGCAGCUGCCAGACUUGCAUCGACUUCACUAGGAAUGCGAAAACUUGAGUCUCCAAAGCAGCCCUUGGAUCUUGAUAUUCCGGUAUUCCCCACUUGGUCUGGCUUUGCCCAUUCAAGCCCCACCGAGAUUUUUAAAGAGGCUCUCAGUGACAUUGUCUUCCUUACAUUGGAAAUGAACUUCCAGUCCCUGGGUUCAUCAGUGUUCGCUGUUCUUCUCAUCAACUGGUUAAAGAACUUUCAAAUUCAGUAAUUUAUUCCCUUCAUUUACAUA